ACAAGAGCUGAGAGGCGGCUCCGGAGCGGACCUCGGAGCCCAGCGGUGCAGCCGGCUAGCGGGUCUGGUCCCCGCGGCCCGCCGAGGCUCGGAGCCAUCCAGCGAUCCCGCGAGCGGCCUCAGGCGGACGGCCAUCUGGAGGGCCUGGGCAAGGAAUCUUCACUCCCAGCCGAGUCCGGGGUCCAGGGAAGGAGGCACAACUUCCUCCUCAACCCCAACUCAGGCCCGCCAUGGGGAAGACCAACAGCAAGCUGGCUCCCGAGGUGCUGGAGGACCUGGUCCGGAACACGGAGUUCAGCGAGCAGGAGCUGAAGCAGUGGUAUAAGGGCUUCCUGAAGGACUGCCCCAGCGGCAUCCUCAACCUGGAGGAGUUCCAGCAGCUCUACAUCAAGUUCUUCCCGUACGGCGACGCCUCCAAGUUCGCCCAGCACGCCUUCCGCACCUUCGACAAGAACGGCGACGGCACCAUCGACUUCCGGGAGUUCAUCUGCGCCCUGUCGGUCACCUCGCGCGGCAGCUUCGAGCAGAAGCUCAACUGGGCCUUUGAGAUGUACGACCUGGACGGCGACGGGCGCAUCACUCGCCUGGAGAUGCUGGAGAUCAUCGAGGCUAUCUACAAGAUGGUGGGCACUGUGAUCAUGAUGCGUAUGAACCAGGACGGGCUCACCCCCCAGCAGCGUGUGGACAAGAUCUUCAAGAAAAUGGACCAGGAUAAGGACGACCAGAUUACGCUGGAGGAGUUCAAGGAGGCAGCCAAGAGUGACCCAUCUAUUGUGUUGCUCCUUCAGUGUGACAUGCAGAAGUAGAGGCUGGUGAGGGCCAGGAGGGGCAUGACCGCAUCUCCCAACCUGAUGACCUCUCUGCUGGCCCUUCCCCAGGGAGACGGGCACGCCAGCCUCACUCUCUAACCCACCCAACUCCUCUGCCCAAGCCUUCCUCUCCUCAGUCAAGUUCCUUCAGGGGCCACCUCACCCUCCAAUAGAGGCAGGUCCUCUCAGGUUGCCUGGCAUCUAGCCCCGCCUCCAGCCCGGGCCCAGAAGCAACAUGCAUUGGGCGUAGGGGAGUUGGCUUUUGCCCCAGUGGGUAGGGCUGAAGGGAGGAGCUGGGGUGCCGCUUUGGAAUCCUGUUAUUCCUGGAGUUGUGCUUUCUAGAGUGUGGUCCCACAGGUCCCCAGUCAAAGGGCCAAACUGGGCCUGUCCUUUUCAGAUUCCUUAAAGGCGGUCUGCGUCCCACCCCUUUGACUCUUAUCUGGGCCCUCUGGCCCCCCAAGCCUUUGGAGCAUUUGUUGAGUCUUCAGCUAAUGUUUAUUGAGCACUUGUUCAGUGCCAGGCACCUUCAGGUGCUAAGAAUAUGGUUGUUUACAUAAACACAUCCCAGGCCCUCUGGAAGCUCACCAGGGUAGGCGCAAAGUUCAAGGGCCAGGGUCGCAGACAGGGAUGUGGGGGUGACUGAGAGGAGGGAGCAGGGAGACCGGCUAGGUUUUGGAGAUAAGAAUAUGUCCUCCAGCUAGCUCCGCCCAAAGCUGAAGGAUGCAAUGUGGAGUCCGUGAAAGUUUAGGUGCCAUGUGGGUGAAGGUUUUAAGAAAAAUAAAAAUUUAUGUAACACUUAUUUUUUUAGUGCCCUUUCAAAGAGCUAAAGUCACUUUAAUAGAUUAGGAUUUUAAAAUACACUCUAUAUUACUUGGUUUCUUAUUUUUUAAAAAAAGGUGAUUUAAAUGAAUAUAGAAAAUGCUAAUUUUCAAAGGGGGAAAAUGCCACAAGACUUAGCACACGGUCCUUUUCUGGUCGGGCUGAUCCCUGCGCCUUCCCGGUCAGCGGCAGAUAGCAGAUAUUGCUGCUUCGGUUUUCUCUUCCCUUUCUCGGUUUCUCAGGUGACGCUUGCUCGGUUGCACGCUGACUGUGGCUAGGUGCUGACCUCAGAGGGAGAAACAGCGAGGUUUGCCAGGAGCUAGACAAGUACAUAGCCUGAAUCCUGCUCAUUCGUUUCUGGGUUUGGUUCUCUUUUUAAGGUUCAGCGUGUUCUUUCAUUGCCUCAGAGGCUUCUUAGGAGGAGCUAGAAGAAAAGGACCACGGCCACUGUUUAGGCUCUCAGGCUACGUGGAUCAAAUGCCUAAAAUUGUGCUGGGCAUAUUCGGUUUGAAAGGCUUUUUCUAACCCUUGCCAGGUUACGCCUCACCUUCUAGGUUCACCAGCUUUACUUUCUGACAUGGUGUCUCUGAGCUAUAUACCUUGCAUGCUUUUGACUACCAAAAAGGAAAAAAAAAAAAAAUCCAUCUUUCUUCCCCAAGUUUUUUGCUUGACUUGCUUCUGUACUUGUGCUUAGAAAUGAA